GGCUCCGUCCAGCUGCCGUCCUCCACACGUCCAAAACCCCCUUUUUCCUCUCAGGACAGUUGAGAUGCGCCAUUAACGUUUCCGCUGUGAAUUCCCUUCGGACUCUGAGAUGAACGUGAAGUGGACAGUGAAACGAUUUGUUCUUAUGUCGUUAUCAGUCUCCCACCUGCUGUUACUUGAGGGAGCUCAGAGUCGACUUUCAGUGGCAGAAGGAAGAUCACAGAGAAGAGCUAAUGCACUUCGGAGGAAACGGGAUCUCCUUGGGGAGGAGACAUAUAGACCGUUGUUGUCAGAGGGCACUCUGUCACGCAGCAUUUUGCACAACUACACAGCCAGAGAUUCCUCUUCAGAAUAUUGUGGCUGCCUUAAUGGUGGAUGGUGUCAGGAGGGCGGUGUGUGUGACUGUGUUCAGUUCCAGGCACUGGGAGAUCGCUGCCAAAUCAUACCUAAUCAGGGCCAGGACAGAGACGGGAUCUGCAGGUCAUGGGGUCAGCACCACUAUGAGACAUUUGAUGGAAUCUACUUCUACUUCCCCGGAACCUGCUCUUAUAUUCUGGCUCAGGAUUGCCACUCAGCUGCACCACAGUACACAGUGUGGGUUCACAACAGCCGAGUGUGUGAGGGGAGUGGGUAUUUAUGUCCAAGAGCUCUCAGUUUGUUCUUCCCAAACGAGGAGGAGAUCCACAUCUCUGGCUAUCAGGUCCACCAGGGAGGCCGCAGGAUGAGUCUGCCUCAGACUGUAGGGGGAGUGUUUAUUGAGCGUUUGGCUGAUUACCUGCUUGUGAAGAGCGUGUUUGGCUUCUCUUUGGCCUGGGAUGGAGGCUCAGGCGUCUAUUUGAAGAUGAGCGAGGAGCACCAGGGCGCCCCGUGUGGCCUGUGUGGGAACUUCAACCACAUUGCCGGAGACGACCUCACCACUGCUCGUGGUAUCCGGACAGAUGAGCCGGCGGUGUUUGCCAACAGCUGGACGGUAGAUCUCCCUCACGAGAGAGCUUGUCCCUCCGUAGAUCUCGACUUUAACGGGCCCUGCAACUCUGAGUCAGACAUGGAUGAUGCCAUUGAGAAAUGCAGUGCGCUCCUCUUCUUUCCAUUUAUAUCAUGUCAUGAAAACAUUGACCCCAAUCCCUUUGUUGCCAGCUGUGUCUCUGACCUCUGUGUGUCUGAUGAUGAGGAAACAUUUUGCCGCGCUUUGGUUGAAUACACCAGAGCCUGCUCCCAUGUUGGAUACCCUGUAAGGGAGUGGAGAGACAGCUUCCCCUCCUGCUAUGAUGGCUGCGAGGAGAGCUUUGUGUAUAGAGACUGCAUCAGCUGUUGUCCUCCUACCUGCACAUUUGAGAAAGAGUGUCUAGGAACCAACCUGCACUGCCUGGAUGGCUGCUACUGUCCCGAUGGUCUUAUUUUACAGAACGGUACAUGUAUCCCUGUUUCUCAGUGUCCUUGUGUUUAUCACGGAACGUCAUAUGCACAAGGACAAGUGCUUCAACAGGGCUGCAGCGUUUGCGUUUGCAUGGGAGGAGUGUGGAAUUGCACUGAGAAUAACUGCACAGCUGAGUGUUCAGUGGUGGGAGAUGUGUUUGUAACCACGUUUGAUGGCAGGAUGUUUCUCCAGCCGGGGGCGUGCCAAUACGUGCUGGCAAAGAGCCGUGGCAGCAGCAAAUUCACUGUCACACUGCAGUAUACGACUUGUGCAGAGCAGCAGGUGUGUAUCCAGUCCGUAACCGUGGUGUUGGAAGAAGAUGUGAGUAAUCAGAUCACCAUGACAAGAGAAGGGGAAGUGAUAAUCGGUGUCCAUCCAGCUCCUGCCCUCCCCUAUGUUGAUGAUGCAGUCGAGUUGCGCCGGCUGACCUCUGUCUUCAUACAGCUGAGGACAGAGACUGGUUUAAAGCUGCAGUAUGACGGACAAGGAGGCCGGGUGUACUUGCAGCUGGACAGCCAGUGGCGUGGACAGACGUUGGGUCUUUGUGGAACUUUUAAUGGAAAUCUACGAGAUGAUUUCUUGUCUCCCGCAGGCAUGAUAGAGGGCACUCCCCAGCUUCACGCCAAUGCUUGGAAGGUGUCAUCUGCUUGUGUCGCCCCAGUUAAUUUGCCCAUUAUAGACCCAUGUGAGAUGAACCAGCACAAUGUGUUCUAUGCAUCCCAGUGUGACGUGCUACUGGGGAGUGUGUUUGCUCCGUGUCAUGGCUACAUCAGUCCAAACAUCUACCAACAACAGUGUCGUUAUCAGGCCUGUCGCUGUGGGAGCAGCUGUCUGUGUACUGCAUUGGCUCACUACACUUACCUCUGCUCCAAACAUGGAGUUGAGGUCAAUUUCAGAUCUCAUGUUUCGGAGUGUGGAGUGGUAUGUCUUGGAGGGAUGCUGUACCACUCUUGUAUGCCAUCCUGUGGACGAUCAUGCCGUGCACUGGGUACCAUUGAGACAUGUCACCCCGAUGACUGUGCUGAAGGAUGCGGCUGUCUAGAUGGCAGUUACUAUGACGAUGUGCGCCAGCGCUGUGUGCAGCUGUCCCAAUGUCAUUGUUAUUCCUUGGGUGGCGUUUCACAGCCAGGGGAGGUGACCUUCGGUGCAUCGGGCCCUUGCCUGUGCAGAAAUGGGAAGAUGGAGUGUGAGCCAGAGGAAAAAGAGCCUGACAGCAUAGAGGUUGGAGAGUGUCCCGAGGGAAAAGUGUAUCACAGCUGCACUGAGCAGAGAGGCGGAGUGGCCUGCGCACCAACCUGCCGAAACCUGAUGUUGAACCUCACCUGUCCACCCAACACGCCGUGCAUACCUGGCUGUGUCUGCCCUCCUGGGCUGGUGCUGCAUCAAGGGGAGUGUUUCUAUCCAGAGAACUGCCCUUGCGCCUGGCUUGGACUUGAAUACCUGCCUGGACAAAUUGUGGAAACAUCUUGUUAUAAAUGUGUUUGUCAUCGUGGCUUUUUUAACUGCAGCCACUAUCCAUGUCCAGCUGUGUGUACGGUUUACAGCGACCGACACUACCACACCUUCGACGGCCUUGAAUACGACUACCUCUCCGACUGCCAGGCCUACCUGCUUAAAAGUGCUGGAGAAACGGAGGUGUCCAUUGUUGCCCAAAACAAGGACUGCUAUGAGAGCGGCAUUGUGUGCAUGAAAAUACUGGUCAUUCACGUGGGGCUCACAAAGAUCUACUUCACCGACAACUCCGGCAAUCCAAACCCUGCUACUGUUGUUGGUCGAGGGUCAGAGUUCGAGCUGUGGAAAGCAGGCUACUACACUGUGGUCCACUUCUCCAAUCAGGAUCUGACCAUUCUCUGGGACCGAAAAACCACUGUACACAUCAGAGUUGGACCUCAGUGGAAGGGCCUUCUCAGUGGCCUGUGUGGAAAUUUUGACAGUGUGACCGUGAACGACAUGACCACAUCUAGCCAUAUGGAAGUCAAUAAUGCACAGACAUUCGGUGACAGCUGGGCGCUGGGACAGUGUGAAAGUGACUACAUACUUGAGCGACCGUGUGAAGGGGACUUGGGGAGACAGCCGUACGCUAAAAGGGAGUGUGCUCUCCUCUACAGUGAUGUGUUUGCACCUUGUCACAACGUGGUUGAUGUGGCCUGGUUUUAUAGGAACUGCCUGACAGACACUUGCAACUGUAAUCGUGGGGGAGACUGUGAGUGUCUCUGCACAUCCAUUGCUGCAUAUGCACAUAAAUGCUGUCAACAGGGGGUCACAAUCCACUGGAGAUCCCCCUCUGUCUGUCCGUAUGACUGUGAAUACUAUAAUCAAGAGUUAGGAGAUGGCCCAUUUUCCUUGGUGAGUGCUGUUUAUAAUGACACCAUGUUUGGUGUGAAUCGCACCAGCAGCUCAGUGUUUCCUCUCAUAAGAGAAAGGCCAGGGCAGUUGCCUCCCCCUGGCCUACUCUUCAACUUCAUGAUCACUGAAGGACUGUUGAAGGACAGGGCAUUACGUGUUUCCGUUGUUUCUCUGGAGUCUGCAGAGAGACCCAACUAUUUUCUCACAGUGUCAGGGCGCAGUCGGCUUCAGUUGGAGCAGUGGAGUCGAGGAGCGGAGUUCGGUCGUAGAGCGACCUUUGUCCAACACCAGGGGCUGUUUCUGACAGGUUACACCUCAUUUGAACUUGUCAGCCAACCUGGAACCUUUCUGACACUCACGCGCACUGCUGCACGAGCCCAGAGAUAUGGCACCACAGAGGGCUUCAAGGCCAGCAGCAGCUUUGCCCUGGAGGAGAGUCCUUUUAUAAUACCUUACCGUAUGAUGUGUGAGUGGCGCUACCAGGCCUGUGCGAGUCCUUGUGUCCACACAUGCAACGAUCCAGAUGCAACACGCUGCCAGUUUCUACCCCCAGUGGAGGGCUGCUUCCCUCGUUGUCCCAAGAGGAUGGUUCUGGAUGAGAUCACAAGAAGAUGUGUCUACACAGAGGACUGUGUUUCCCUUCCCCCAACACCAACACCCUUCGCCUUUGUAACACGAUCCAACAGAACCACAGCAACACCACCGACCUCCAUAGUUCCCACCAUGACCACAAGGAUGACUAUGACUACAACCACAACAAGAACAACAACCACCUCCUCCACCACUGUCAGGCCCACAACCACCACACCCACCACCACUCCAACUGUUCCCACCACAACUACUGAGCGUGUCACCACUCUACUCACCACAUCUCCCACUCCUCCCACUACCAGUGUUUCCACUCCCCCAUCAACUCCACUAGAACCAACCACUCUCAGCACAACUGAAAUGACCCCCACUCCAUCCACAGCGGCCACCACAGCAGCACCCACUACUGUUCCUUCAACUUCUUCUCCUACGACUUUCGUUUCCACCACCACCGUGACCACACCAACUACCCCACCUCCUACAACGUCCCCCACCACCCUGCCACCAUCCACCAUUGUCACCACAACAGCCGCCACCACCACUGUCCCUGAAACCACUACAGAACACACAACCACCCCUCAACCAACUUCAAAAGAAACCACCACCCCACUGGAGACAACCACAACUCCACCAACCACAGAAGCUGUCACUAUGGAGACCACUACUCCAGAAACCUCUCCGACAACAGAGGAAAUAUCGACCAGACCCCCUUUCGUCUGGCCCACGUCACCGUGCACACCCCCGUUCUCCUAUCGUAUCGAUGAGUGUGCCGAGCUCAUUUGUUUCAACGGAGAGCUUCUACUUCACAACUCCACCCACCACUGUCGCUACAACACCACCCAGCCCCAGUGCAGUCUGCUGGGCCUGCCCAUCCUCAUCAACACAGACCCCUGCUGCCCCCUGUGGCAGUGCCCAUGUCGCUGUACUGUGAUGUCAGAUUUGCGUGUGAUCACGUUUGAUGGUAAUAACGCGGCGUUGUAUGACAAUGGCUCAUACAUCUUGGUCAACCUGCCCAGAGAAACUAUUAUUGGCACAGUGGAGAAAUGUCCAACCAGCCAGAGUGUGAACUCCAUCAGACGAACCAGUCCAACAGGUGGAACAUCUGGCCUUUGCUUUAAGAAGUUGAACAUUACCACCUCCAACUACAGGAUCAUAAUCAACCGACUUGAUCGCACGGUGACAGUGAAUUACAGAGCUGUUAAGCUCCCGUUCUCCCAUCACUCGCUGUACGUGGAAGACACGGGACGUAUGUACCUGAUCCACACACCUGGCAGCAUCAGCAUACAGUGGUAUCACAGCACAGGGAUUAUGGUGCUGCAGUACAUCGCCCCUAGUAAUGCAUCUGUGCCCACUCGAGGUCUGUGUGGUUGUUGUGACGGGAAUCCAGAGGAUGACCUGAAGCUGCCGAACGGCACUGUGGUCAGAGAGGUAGGAGACAUGAUGGUCUUUCUGCAGGCGUGGAGAGUUCAUACCACAGACGAGACCGAACACACACGCAGGGUCGGUGACAACUGUACCAUCGGGGACUGCUCCACCUGCCUUUCUAUGCUGCAGCAAAGAGCCUUCACAUCGUGUCACAGCAAGGUGCCUCCAGAGCAGUUUUGUGACAUCAUGUGGGCAGGAGACUUGCACUAUAAGGAUCACCAGUGUGACUUUCUGGCAGCCUAUGUGGCAGUCUGCUACACACACCAAGUCUGCAUCAGCUGGAGGCGACACAAUUUCUGUCCAUUGCGCUGUCCUCCUGGUAAGGAGUAUCAGCCUUGUGUAAGCACCUGCAACAGCCGCACCUGUCUGAACAAAGACUACUACGAGGAAACUACCUGCUCUUUCAUCAGAGAGGAGUGUGUGUGUCGCAGUGGAACCAUCCUGCACCGAGCCGACUCACCUUACUGUGUCACAGAGGACCGUUGUGUCUGCACAGAUAAUGAGGGGAACCCCCGAUCCCCAGGCGAGGUGUGGAACGGCUCGGCUCGAAGCUGCUGUCUGUAUAAGUGCAUGGAGAACGGCUCUGUAGUGGCUGUUGAACCAGACUGCAGCGCUGUGCCUACACCUCUGUGUGAGAGGGAGGGGGAGUAUGUGCUGGAUGUGCUAGAAGAAGGGUCCUGCUGCCCUAAAAAAAUCUGUGAGUGCAACAUGACCAUCUGCGACAGUGAAGCUCCACCCUGUGAUAAUGGAAACCGGCUGGUGAUUGGCUACAGCGCUCUGUCCUGCUGUCCAGAGUACCGAUGUGAGUGUGACCCCAUGGCGUGUCCUCCGUUCAUGGCCCCCGACUGCAGGGAAGAUCAGUUCCUUGUUGAGGUCAGGGCCCAGAAAUCCUGCUGCUACUCUUAUCUGUGUGUGUGUGAGUCAUGUAUUGAGCCCAUUCCAUCUUGCUCACAUGGAGAAAUUCUGGCUGUGGAUCUAAACACUACUAACAGCUGCUGUCCACAGUACCAUUGUGUCUGUGAUAAUAAUCUAUGUCCCACGUCCACUGUGAGCUGUGCACCCGGACUCUCUUUGGUGCAAACUACUAUUCCCGGGGAUUGCUGCCCUCAGAAGCACUGUGAAUGCCAGUGUGAGAACAUAGCUCUCCCCAUGUGCCAGCUAGGGGAGGUACUAGCUGAAGUCCCUGACAGCAGCACCAUCUGUGGCUGUCCUCUGCAUGCAUGUCAGAAGGGUGAGGUGUGUCUUUUCCAAGGAAUGACGGUGCUGGGACCGGGACAGUCUCUGAUUCAGUACUUUGAAGGAGAAAUGUGUUACACUGUGCAAUGUUUGCAUGACAAGGAUCCACACACCGGUUUCUACGCAAUGGAGAUAACAUCUAUCAACUGCUCCCAAAAGUGUGGAUCACACCAGAUGUACGCCCCAUCCACGGAUCCUCAGGUGUGCUGCGGCUCUUGUAAGAACAUCUCCUGCACCUUCACCAAUGAAAAUGGAACAGUGGAGCAUUUCACCGCAGGAAGUUCCUGGGUGGAGAACUGUACGCGUUACGACUGUGUGGAGACAGCAGUAGGAGCGGUGAUUCUUGCAUCUGGGGUUAUUUGUCCUCCUUUCAAUGAUUCAGAAUGUAUUCAGAGUGGAGGUGUUGUUCAGAGCUAUGUGGAUGGUUGCUGCAAGACAUGUUCUGGAGUGGAUGUUUUACCUUUUACCAUUAACCCCAUAACACCCACUGGUAGUACUAACUGUGACACAGGUAAAGAGGAUGGGAAAACAUGUAAGCGUGUGGCGAUUCGAACCACCAUUAGAAAAGAUGACUGCAGGAGCAAUGCACCAGUCACAGUGUAUUCCUGUGAUGGGAAAUGUCCGUCUGCCACCAUUUUCAACUUUAACAUCAACAGUCACGCCAGGUUCUGCAAGUGCUGCCGUGAGAGCGGACUACAAACACGGACUGUCUCACUGUACUGCUCUCGCAACGCCACCAUGGUGGACUACAACUUCCAAGAACCUCUGGACUGCUCCUGCCAGUGGAACUAAACCAAAAUGAAAAUGAGCACAACAGAAGAACGCAUUCUCAAAGGGAUUCAGAGGGACUCUGAGCUUUUUUGUACUAUUGGACAACACCAGCCAUGUUUUUGACCUUGAGUCAUAGUUGUAACUGCUGCCAGUGGAACAUUUCAAGUAGUUUUAUCUGCACUUUAGUUGUCCAUUUCAUUAAGAACUGCUGUGCCAAGCCUGUCUGCUUUUUGGGGGUUUAAUUGAUGGGGCCUGUAGUUUGUUUUUAUAUUUUGCUUCAUAUUAAACAUUAAAAUCAUGUUUGAAACAGCAGUUUUUUGCUUUUUUAAAUGAAAGUAGCUGCCGUGUUCAGUUGAUGUGCAUUUUGGUUUGUGUUUGAUAAAUGGAGCUUUGUACUUUGGUUUCUUAGAAGUUUGAAUUGCUUUCUGUUUUUUUCUAAGUCAAAAAGUUUAAUAAAAUGUUUAACUGUAUACUUGUGUGUGUGUGUGUGUGUGUGUGUGUGUGUGUGUGUGUGUGUGUGUGUGUGUGUGUGUGUGUGUGUGUGUGUGUGUGUGUGUGUGUGUGUGUGUGUGUGUGUGUGUGUGUGUGUGUGUGUGUGUGUGUGUGCGCGCGCGCGCGUGCGAUAACAAACCUCCAG